AUGGCGGGUCAGCCAAACGACAAAAUGACCGUACUCCCAAAGGAGAAUCGACCUAACCCACAGAAAUCAAUUCAAUCACAUUCCCCCUCUACUUCCGCCGCCGCUGUAGCCACUUCGAUUGGCGAGCACUACCCACCACCAUCCUCAAACCGAUUGCCCCGACGUUCUGCUAUCGUCAAGUUACGCUACACUAAGAGUGACAUUGAUAAGUUCAGACGUUACCACAAGUCUCCACGAAUACGAAACCAUAGUAUCAGUGCUGCUCAGGACAAGAAAAAGAAGUUGUUUCUGGGCUGGCUUGCAAGCGGCGCGCCUACUGGCGUCACUGAUGUCGGCAACGGUACUCAGGGCCAUACGCUAAGCAGAUCGACUUUCCCCUUUCAUCGUUCUACGCAAAACGACGACAAUGAUGACAAGGGAAUGGGUCCUUCGGUGCUACGAGACCUACUAAGAGGCAACGUCCCCAUUGAGGAAUGCGAUGUCUGCCGACCUUUUCUACAGUCUGAGGGUAGACUCCCACGUCCCCUGCUACACGUCCACUGCUACGAAGCCGAAGUCCUCAUAUACUCCAGGCCCGUCGAGCCACUCAACCAAGUCAAUGAUGACAACGACGACGAGGCGAAGAUUGACCCUCGACUGAGACGGGUUCCGGUGCCCUUGGUGACUGUCACACCCCCGUCUGACGGGGAGGGCGGCUUUUUUGGCUGA